AUGGAGGGAACACAAGGAAGCGAAAAGCUGCGCACUGGCGUGAAGGCACAGCUCAACGUGGAGAUGACCUGCCAGAGCUGCGUGGAGGGCAUCACGACGGCCUUGAAGGCCGUUCCCGGCGUGACGGUCCUCGACGUCGACCUCGACCGAGGCGAGGUCGAGCUGUUGACGCAGCGCGUGCCGGUGGAGAAGCUGCUGCGAAUCCUGCGUGAGACCGGCCGAUCGGCGUCCCUCCAGGGCCUGGGCGGUGAGGGCGAGCAGUUGGGAUCGGCGGUGAGCCAGCUGGAGCCGGCCGACGGGAGCAAGGAAGGCCCGCACGCCACGGUGGCCCUCGACCGAUGCCUCGUCGAAGCCAUCCUCGACGGCUUCCCUCCCGGCGAGUACGACCUGGCGGUGCACGAGUUCGGCGACCUGUCAGACGCAGAGCGCUCGGUGGGCGACGUGUUCGGGCGACACCCCGGCUACGCCGACAAGCCCGCCGGUGAGAUCGGACGCAUCGCAGUCGGCCAAAACGGAGAGGGCACGAUCAUGGCGGACAACAAGCAGCUCAAGGUGUGGGACAUCAUCGGACGGAGCGUGGUGGCCAGGCCCGCCAGCCCCGGCGGCGCGCGGGGCGUCGCGUUCGGCGUCAUCGCCCGAAGCGCCGGCGUGCGAGAGAACCCCAAGAAGAUCUGCCGGUGUGACGACCCAGACUUUUGA